GUCGACUGGGCGGAGCUUCACGCUAAAGCCCCAGAGCCCGACGCUGCAGCCGCGGUAGCGGAGAUCGCUGGAGCUUCGAGGAGCUGCAUCUGCGGCAACCUGUGUGCUGACGCUACGUGCCUCCUGGCUCCGACCUAGCUCGCAGCUCCCCAGUCUCACUCUAUUCUUUCCCCACCUGGUGCGCACCUGCUCAAGGCCAGGGUCCUGCCAAGCGCUAGGAGGGCGCGUGCCAGGGGCACUAGGGAACUGCGGAGCGCGCGCCAUGGGGCCGCCGCUUAGGGCCGGGGUCUCCUGCCGCGGUGGCUGCGGCUCUUCCAGAUUGCUGGCGUGGUGCUUCCUGCUGGCCCUGAGUCCGCAGGCCCCCGGCUCCCGGGGGGCCGAAGCAGUGUGGACCGCGUACCUCAACGUGUCCUGGCGGGUUCCGCACACCGGAGUGAACCGUACGGUGUGGGAGCUGAGCGAGGAGGGCGUGUACGGCCAGGACUCGCCGCUGGAGCCUGUGUCUGGGGUCCUGGUACCGCCCGACGGGCCCGGGGCGCUCAACGCCUGUAACCCGCACACGAAUUUCACGGUGCCCACGGUUUGGGGAAGCACCGUGCAAGUCUCUUGGUUGGCCCUCAUCCAACGCGGCGGGGGCUGCACCUUCGCAGACAAGAUUCAUCUGGCUUAUGAGAGAGGGGCGUCUGGAGCCGUCAUCUUUAACUUCCCCGGGACCCGCAAUGAGGUCAUCCCCAUGUCUCACCCGGGUGCAGGAGACAUUGUUGCAAUCAUGAUCGGCAAUCUGAAAGGCACAAAAAUUCUACAAUCUAUUCAAAGAGGCAUACAAGUGACAAUGGUCAUAGAAGUAGGGAAAAAACACGGCCCUUGGGUGAAUCACUAUUCAAUUUUUUUCGUUUCUGUGUCCUUUUUUAUUAUUACGGCAGCAACUGUGGGCUAUUUUAUCUUUUAUUCUGCUCGAAGGCUACGGAAUGCAAGAGCUCAAAGCAGGAAGCAGAGGCAAUUAAAGGCAGAUGCUAAAAAAGCUAUUGGAAGACUUCAACUACGCACACUGAAACAAGGAGACAAGGAAAUUGGCCCUGAUGGAGACAGUUGUGCUGUGUGCAUUGAAUUGUAUAAACCAAAUGAUUUGGUACGCAUCUUAACCUGCAACCAUAUUUUCCAUAAGACAUGUGUUGACCCAUGGCUGUUAGAACACAGGACUUGCCCCAUGUGCAAAUGUGACAUACUCAAAGCUUUGGGAAUUGAGGUGGAUGUUGAAGAUGGAUCAGUGUCCUUACAAGUCCCUGUAUCCAAUGAAACAUCCAAUAGUGCCUCCUCCCAUGAAGAGGAUAAUCGCAGUGAGACCGCAUCAUCUGGAUAUGCUUCAGUACAGGGAGCAGAUGAACCCCCUCUGGAGGAACACGUGCAGUCAACAAAUGAAAAUCUACAGCUGGUAAACCAUGAAGCAAAUUCUGUGUCAGUGGAUGUUGUUCCUCAUGUUGACAACCCAACUUUUGAAGAAGAUGAAACUCCUGAUCAAGAGACUGCUGUUCAAGAAAUUAAAUCUUAAAGUCUGUGUCAAUAGAAAACUUGAACCGUUAGUAAUAACAGAACUGCCAAUCAGGGCCUAGUUUCUAUUAAUAAACUGGAUAAAUUUAAUAAAAUAAGAGUGAUACUGAAAGUGCAGAGAUGACUAAUAUUAUGCUAUAGUUAAAUGGCUUAAAAUAUUUAACCUGUUAACUUUUUUCCACAAACUCAUUAUAAUGUUUUUCAUAGGCAAGUUUCCUCUCAAUAGUGAUAGCAACAUUUUUAGAUUCAAAACUGUCUUCAAGAAGUCAUGUUUUUCAUUUAUAACAAUUUUCUUAUAAAAACAUGUUGCUUUUAAAAUGUGGAGUAGCUAUAAUCACUUUAUUUUAUGAUAGUAUCUUAAUGAAAAAUACUACUACUUUAGCUUGGGCUAUAUGUGUCAGGGUUUUUCUCCAGGUGCUUAUAUUGAUCUGGAAUUGUAAUGUAAAAAGCAGUGCAAACUUAGGCUAGUUCUUCUUGAAAUGUCUAUUUAAGCUACUUUAAGUUAAUAGAACAAGAUUAAAGCAAAAUAUUCAUUUUAACUUUUUCUUGUUUUUAAAAUUAGGCUGAAUGUACUUCAUGUGAGUGUCAACCAUAGUUUAUCAGAGAUUAUGGACUGAAUUGAUUGGUAUAUUAGUGACAUCAACUUGACACAAGAUUAGACAAAAAGGUUCCUUACAAAAAUACUGUGUAACUAUUUCUCAAACUUAUGGGAUUUUUCAAAAGCACAGUAUAUGAAUCAUCAUACUGUUUGAAAAUGGUAAUGACAGAGUAAGUAACACUAAUAUUGGUCAUUGAUCUUUGUGCAUGAAUUAGUCUACAGAAAAAAAUGUUCUGUAAAAUUAGUCUGUUGAAAAUGUUUUCCAAACAAUGUUACUUUGCAAAUUGAGUUUAUGUUUGACCUAAAUGGGCUAAAAUUACAUUAGAUAAACUAAAAUUCUGUCCAUGUAACUAUAAAUUUUGUGAAUGCAUUUUCCUGGUGUUUGAAAAAGAAACAGGGGAGAAUUCCAGGUGCCUUAAUACAAAGUUUGAAGCUUCAUCCACCAAAGUUAAAUAGAGCUAUUUAAAAAUGCACUUUAUUUGUACUCUGUGUGGCUUAUCUUUUGUUUUAGAAUUUUGUUCAAAUUCUAGCAGAAUUUAGGCAAAAAUAAAACAGACAUGUAUUUUUGUUUGCUGAAUGGAUGAAACCAUUGCAUUCUUGUACGCUGAUUUGAAAUGCUGUAAAUAUGUCCCGAUUUGUAUUGAUUCUCUUUAAAUAUAAAACGUAAAUAAAAUAUUCCAAUAAA